GUAUGUUGUGUCUGUACAGGCUAGCUAGCGCGAAAAGCAAACGUGUCCACGGUAUAGGCCAUGCAUAUAGCACCUGUACGUUCCUGCAGUGUUUUGAACGUAGCUCUCUAAUAAAUAGUACUUUCUUUUGUCAAAAUGUCUUCUUUCUCGCGACCAGCUAAAUUGUCAUUCAAUGAUUUUGAUGCAGUCGGUGUAGAUUUGGAUCAUACACUGUGUAAAUACAAGUUGGAUAACACAUUUCCGUUGAUUUAUAAGAGUCUAGCUGAGGCAGUUGUUAGCAGGAAGGGAUACAGUGCAGAGCUUCUUGAGCCUUUUGAUAAAGACAAAGACUUUUGCACAAAGGGUCUGGUCUUUGAUGCCAAGAAGGGAAAUUUCCUGAAGCUGUCUAGAGAGGGCGAUAUACUGAGGGCAAGCCAUGGGACCACACCUCUAUGCCAGGCUGAAGUGUGCGAGAUCUACGGUAGUCAAGCAAGAUGGGAACACUUUGACUUCUUGAAAGAUACCCUCAAACAAACAGGUAGGAAGAGGAUAAGUAUAAACCUGUCCAUCACCACACAUCCUUUGUUUGUACUGUAUUGUACUGUAUAAAGAAGCAUCCCUUGUCCAUAGGGUCGCCAGGGGGUCAUUUCAUACAAAAAAUACACAACUAUUUUAACUUUGACAUCAUUCUACCAUGGUAAUCUUGAUUGUGAUGGGCUGCUGAGACCUGUUACCAUCUAUGAUGGUAGUUACUAUCAUGGCACAUUUAUGACACAGAUGACAGAAUAACUUGGAUCCUUGUUCCUGGCUUUAGAAACAGAUGGCAACAUAUCCAUACAUUUUUGUCUCGCCUGCAUAGCUAGCGAGAAUAAAGGUGCCGCUUUUCCGAUGGCGUCGAUGUCGUCAACAAUGAAAUCUUAACCAAGAAUAAAUUUUCGAAAUGUCAUCAUAACUUAGAAAGUAUAUGGACCUAGUUCAUGAAACUUGGACAUAAAUGUAAGGUAAUUAAGUAUUACUGAACAUUCUGCGUGUGUUUCAGGUCACAUUAUCAAGGUCAAAGGUUAUUUAGGGUCAACAAAAACCAUGUUGGGGGAAUCAAUAUUGAAAUCUUAACCAAGGUUAAGUUUUUGAAAUGUCAUCAUAACUUAGAAAUUAUAUGGAUUUAGUUCAUAAAUAGACAUAAGAGCAAUUAUUAAAGUAUCCCUGAACCACCUAGGUGUGAGUUUCAGGUCAAAUGAUCAAGGUCAAAAGUCACAAGGUCAUUGAAUUUUGGCUGUGUUGGGGGAAAUUGUUGAAUUGGCAUCAUAACUUUUAAUAGGAAGAUUAUGGAUCUACACAAUCAAACAUAGUUAUCAAGUAUGUUUUGCACGCGUCUCAGGUCACAUGAUUAUGGUCAAAGGUCAUGUUAGGUCAAUGGACAUAGUAUUUUAUCAUCUAUGAGUGUUUUCUUAUGUAAAUAAGUAUUCAAUAGUUGUUUUCAAAGUCAGCACUGUUGCUAUAUUGAAUUGUGUAAUGUAAGAGAGACUGCCAGAGGCAUUCCACUUGUUUAUGUAAUUCUAUUCACGUUCUUUCAAUAUUGUAUUUCUUUUGUUGCUGUAAAGAUUAUUUUUGAAAGAAAGAUUUGAAGGAUUUAGACUUGAAAGUCUUCCUGUUGAAGAACUGUUUGCAGGUUUUCAUUCAGCGACAUAUUUUAGCAACACUACAGUUAUAAAGAUAUGUUUUGCUCUAACAGCUGUCAUCCAUGGGAUAUGCUAGUUUUCUAGGUCUUUACAAGUAGAGCUAUUUGGUCUAGAAUGAUAGUGCCUGUAUGUACAAUAAUAGCUUCUUGAUUUUUCCUACAAACUGUAGAUUCUACUAAACAGUGCAUCCCACAAAUAAGGAAACCCAUUCAGCGACAUAUUUUAGCAACACUACAGUUAUAAAGAUAUUUUUUGCUCUAACAGCUGUCAUCCAUGGGAUAUGCUAGUUUUCAGGUCUUUACAAGUAGAGCUAUUUGGUCUAGAAUGAUAGUGCCUGUAUGUACAAUAAUAGCUUCUUGAUUUUUCCUACAAACUGUAGAUUCUACUAAACAGUGCAUCCCACAAAUAAGGAAACCCAUAUUCAGAGAUAGAUUUCACAAUUAUUAAACUUUAUUUUACCAUGGAUUUGAUGCUUAUGGUAGAGUGGAACCUUAUCUUUAAUUUGAGACCAACAGCUUAGGAAAUCAUUCACACAUGGCAGAUAAUAAAGAAUAAAUAUUGAGGCCUAUUAUAAACGAUUUGCGAAGAAACGCACAUGUGAAUCUGAAUCCACUCUCUUUUCAGGGAUCAGUGAGAGAAACUUUAUAGCAAAGAAUACAGAAGAAAUGCUGAUGAGCCAAUCGUCGAAUAAGCACGGUUGUAGUAUCAUGAACCAAUCUUGUCCAAUUUUUCUGGGAAAUUUGAUUUUGACAUUAAAAUUUCAAACUCGUCUUGCUCAUUAAUGCAUGAAGUGUUCGUCACGUAUUAAGUAUCAAAAUAUAGAAGAAUAAUUGAAUUGUAUGAUGAUGUAAAUGAAAUAUCAUAAUUAAUUUGCCUAAAAAAUAAAAAAAUGUUGGAAUCCCAGUUUCCUUUUUACUGUGACGCACUGUAUAGGAUAAAAACAGCUUUAUCCCUGUAUAUGUAAUGUUUUCCCCUACGCCUCAAAUCGGGAAAUUCAUGAUUGUACCGUUUCAUGAUAAGUAUCAGGGAGUAGCAUUUAUUUUGUUUUAAUGCUUGGUGCAAAUUCACAAAAAUAAAUCUGCCUCAUGACAUACAGCUUCUUCACAAUUAGACUUCAUGAUGUCAGAUGUUUAUCAAUGUGUUCAUUGAUCUUUCUUGUUUGCUGCCAUCUGUUGGGUAUGCAUCAUCAUAAUGCAGAACUUUGAGUGCAAUAACUUC